AUGAAAAGAACAGAAGAAGAUAUACAACUACCUAAAUUCGCGGUUAAAAUCCGCAAAGAUGUGUAUCAGUUCAGAAUAGGUAAAAGCAAAUUAGUAGGUAAAAGGUUUAUUGAAAAGUUACGAAGUGUUUGCGCUCUAGCUGGGCAUAGAUUGAAUGCUAGUAUGAUAAAGAAGAUCGCGGAGUAUCUUAAAAUAGAAGGAGACCCUCUAGAAGGUUGUUUUGAGCGAUAUCUUUGCAAAGCAUUCAUAGAAUAUUAUAAGCACAAACAAAACGAUCUCCACCGAAAGUUUAUUCUCGCACAUAUACUUAGAUAUAUGAGAGACAAUGGAAUAAAGUAUCAAAAGAGUAACUUCGAAGAUUAUGGUAUGAUUAUAGGUUCAAGAAUUUGGCAUUCGUCAAGGGAAAUAGAGAAGGAAAUGAUAAAAGAUAAUGAUGUAUCUACAACCAGUAACUCAAAUCCAACUCUCGUAUCAAGUACUACAACAUCAUUGCCAAGUAAUAGAGACCCAAAAACCCCCAUAAAUAUAGACAAUACAACACCCAAUGGUGGUGAUUCAAUGAUGGCUAUAGUAAGUGAUACGAUACCAUUGCAAUCUGACGUCCAAUCAACGCCAAUCUUGAACCAAAGUGAUUCCAAUCUAAAUGCGAAUCAAGAUCCAAUGGAUACGAGUGACGACUCUGCCAUUUCAAAUAUGUCAAAAAAAAGAUUAUCUAAUAUCUCUGACCGAAUGGUUCUUGACUCAACUCCUCCAAUGCCAAAUACAACUCCACUAAACAACAAUAAUAUCAACAACAGAGAAAGCUCUACUCCUCCAACAAAUAAUAACAAAAAGGGCAAAAAAGAUAAAAAUAGUAGUACCUCCAACACAAACCCACCCCAACCUUCAUUACAGUCUCAAUAUGCCAACAUUCCUGUUAAUAACUAUUAUUUGUUAAAGAAAAAGCAAUCAAUUACCGCUGCAAAAAGAGAAGCAUCGGUUAAAUACUUUGCCGAAUAUAGCAGCGUAUUCAAGUCAUCAGCUCAUGAUGUUUGUGUUCUUAAAAGAAAAUCAGUAAAUAAUCCGGAAUCGGAUACGAGAGUAGUUAAAACAUACUCGAUGGGCAUCAAGGAGCUAUAUUACUUUUACCUACUGCACACAAAGGGGUAUAAAGUACCAGAAAAAAAGGCUAAUAAAAGACCUGGAAAAGAACCAGUCAAUCCAUUCAAAAAAAAUUAUACAUCUGGCUCAGACAACUACCAUUAUAUGUAUAAUAUAGGUGGCCAAAAAGAAUUCAUGGAUUUGUUUGGUUGUACAAGGAAAGAGGAUUUAUUUGGAAAGGAUGGAAAAAUUAAAAAAUUUAUUAUUUGGUCAGAUAAUGGACCAACUUUUAAAAACUUUGAAUGGAUUUAUAAGGUUUGGCAACUUGGUAAAACUAUCAAUUGCAUUCCAAUUGAUUUGGAAUUCUUUUCUCCGAGCCACGGCAAAUCAGAUUGUGACAUUUUUUUUGCACUGAUUUCUCAAACAGUAAAGAGAUUUCAAAGCCAUCCCGACUCAAAUCAUCAAGAUAAUAGAACAACACAAAAUAUGGUUGAUAUAUUAAACAAAAGGCUAACCGAGUAUGGUUUGGACACUAGAAAAAAAGGACAUUAUCGAGCCACCGUUUAUAAUUUCCCCUCCAUCACAGAAUUUCAAGAGUUUAUCCAAAGUUGCAAUACUUUUAAAACUCUUGACGCCUUUUAUGAAAAUAUUGGUGUGGCCCUUGGAAAAGAUGUUGAAGAGAAUGAACACACACUUUCAACCUCACAAUCUAAACUUCAAAGAACUCUCAAUGCACUACAAGAUGCGUAUAAAGAAGUAGAACCAUCAGAUACAUACAGUGAAUAUAGAGUAUAUUAUCCUUCCCCACAAAAACCAGCUUUUUUAAACAAGACCUAUAGUUUUAAAACAAAAAUGGAAAAUGGAGAAUACUCAAUCUUUUAUCGACCAUGCGACAAUGAUCCUACAAUCCAAGAUGAUAAACCCGUUGAGGAGGUACCAGAAGAAGAAGAAAGUUCCAGACAAACAGAAACAAACAACAAUAAUGAAAAAGAAAACAACAAAGUUACAUCGAAUAAUGAUGCCAGUAAUUCAACCAAACAACCAACAAGAAAUAAUAAUAAUGUACAACAGGCUUUAAAGAAGGCAAAUAUAAAGUUUUUCAUCAAAAAAAUCAUCGUUAAUCAAGCUCCAAACAAAGAAACAAAGAUUGGACAUGAAACACCUGCCAACAAGGGUCCAAAGCCAAAAAAACAACAGGAAACAUCAAAAACUACUACAAUUGAAAUACUACGUGUUGUAAGAAUGACAAAUAUACAUGAUGCAGUUGUUUCGGACUAUGUAGAAGAGAACGAGACACCAAAAUCACCUCAACUUCCAAAAUUACACUCACCAAAACAAACCAAAAAAAAAAAUAAGAAAAAAAAUAACAAACCAAAUAAUAAUGAUACAGAUAUAGUACUACCAGACAUUCCAAUCAACAACACACCAAUUCCAACAAAAGAAACAAAAAAUAAUCAUCAAAACCCCACAAAUAGGGCUACCUCUUCUAGAACAAAUAUCAAACCACCAACUACAUAUACUCCAUCAAAACAUAAUCAAAAGAAAGUCCCCGGUUAUGCCACCGCUAAUCAUGUUUCUAACAACAUCGCCCGUGCCGCUCACCUGAGCUUAUUUCUUCCAAAACCCUCCGAUAUACACUACUUUGGUCCCCAUUUUAGUAGAUUGUGUGUCAACACUAUGGUACUCUGCGUAUCAUACACCAUUCAACCGAAUCACCCUUAUGAUUAG